CAGUAUGUAAAUUCUUUUACUCAAAUAAAACAAAAUAAAAAUGUUGUCUUGUUUAUGGUAAAGUUGAUCUGUCAUUCUGCGAAGCCGGAUGAUAUGUCAUUUUUCAGUUUUGGUUUACAAUAAAUUUAUUUGUAUUAAAAAAAUAUCUUUAAACUAAAAUGUCGAUCUUAGCGUACAAUGGUGGUGCUGUAGUCGCGAUGCGUGGUCAGGACUGUGUAGCUAUCGCUACAGAUAAGCGGUUUGGCAUCCAGGCACAGACUGUCUCUACUAAUUUCCCAAAAGUUUAUCGGAUGGGUCCCACAUUGUUCGUUGGGCUACCCGGUCUAGCAACAGACACUCAGACAGUACAUCAAAGAUUAAAAUUCAGAAUGAACCUAUAUGAGCUGAAAGAGAAUAGAGUUAUGAGGCCGAAGACAUUCUCGGCAAUGCUGUCCAACAUGCUGUACGAGAAGCGUUUUGGCCCUUAUUUCAUUGAACCAGUUAUUGCUGGUCUAGACCCAUAUGACAAUCAACCUUAUGUAUGCAAUAUGGAUUUGAUUGGCUGUCCAAAUGAGCCUGAAGAUUUUGUAGUAUCAGGCACUUGCUCAGAACAGCUGUAUGGUAUGUGUGAAGCUCUCUGGGAGCCAAAUCUCAAGCCUGAUGAACUAUUUGAAACUAUCUCACAGGCGCUAGUGAAUGCAGCGGACCGCGACGCCAUAUCAGGCUGGGGUGCUGUGGUAUAUAUCAUUGAGAAAGAUAAGAUUACAGAGAAACAUGUCAAGACUAGGAUGGACUAAUUUAUUAUAAGAUAUAAUUGUAUUGGGUAUUGUGAAAGUUCUUUUUUCAUAAUAAAAUUCUUGAAAAUUUUAA